AUGCGUCCGAUCUCUCUUGUGUUGCUAGCGGCAUCGAUAAGUGCAAUCUGUAGCGCUCUCUCCGAAGUCAACGGCGGCGAUACGAUGAUGGCCCCAGCUCUUGUUUCAUCCGUUCAAGCUCGUCCACUCAACGCCAACCAUAACAUUGCUAUCGGGAACACGAGAUAUCUACGUGCCCAGCCCUCCAACCAGGAAGAUGAAGACCGAAGUUUCGCCGUUCUGGAAAAGAUAACAACGGGAAUGCUGGAUGACAUACUGUCCUCCAAGUCAAUCGAAGCUCAAAGCAAGUUUUUAUCGACCUGGAAAGAGGUGGAUCUGCCUGUGGAAGUGGUGGCCAAGAGAAUUCUAGAGAUCGCACCGGCUGAUGAAAAGUAUUUGACAAUCUUGACGCUGUACAUGCAAUUCCUGCACAACAAACCGCUGUCUGCUAUUUACAAGCAUGACCCACUUGAGUUUGCAAAGAUCAAUGACGAUUUUCCGUCUUGGCGGGCCUGGUUGAUGAGUGUGCUCAAGAAAUAA